AUAUAUAUGUAGGCCUCUUAGGGUUAGGGUUUUCCUCUGAAUCAUCACCUGAACUAAACAAUCCAUCUAUACUUGCCUUCCAUCACUUUGGGAUUCUAUCCUCGAUCUCUCUCUCUGGAAAACAAAUGAAAAGGCACAAAGUGGUUGUGAAGAACGAAUAUUCACAAAGCUCCACAGCUUCUUUAUCUGUUCGCACCGUCAUCAGGUACGGGGAGUGCCAGAAGAAUCACGCCGCCAACCUCGGGGGCUACGCCGUGGACGGCUGCCUUGAGUUCAUGCCCAGCGGGGAUGAUGCUAUCGACGGCGCCCUCACCUGCGCUGCCUGCGGCUGCCACCGCAACUUUCAUAGAAGGGAAGUCGAGACUGAAGUCGCCAACGACUCCUCCUCCUGCUAAUCAUCAUCAUCAUCAUAUACAUGGUAGAUCAUGUGUGUGUAUAAAUGAGUAUUUGUAUGUAUAUGUGUAUAUAUAUAUAUACAUAUGUGUGUGUAGGAUCCACUUUCAAUGAAAAUCAUGAUUCAUAUACACUUUUAUGCUAUUUGAUUGGGUGAAUUUGAAUUGUCAUUCAAUUUUUCAAAAUCAUUAAUGUGUGUACCUCAUCAUUUCAAAUUCAAAUAAUGUUGAUUUUGUACCCGCUACUGAAAUAAGAUACACACAUUAAUUAUUUUGAAAAUAGGAUAAAAAGAAAAUAAUCCUCAAGAAAUGACAUGUAAGUCAAAUCCUCCCCCUAUUUGAUAUGAAGUCCUAUAUGAAGCUUGAUUGUUGCAUUUUUUAAAAAUUUGCUUCAAUUAGGCCAAUAAUAUAAAAUAAAAUGCAAAAUCAGUUUGAUAAAUAAAUCGAAUUUUAUGAUAACAUAAAAAAGUAGAACAUACAAACUUCAUAUCUCAUCAAAUGGGAUAAAGGUGAUUACUCUUCGCAUGGGAAACAUGAUGUUCGUUUGAUCUUGGAUCUAUGUAUGUGUGCAUGUAUAUACAUAUAUAUAUAUAUACAUAGGUUUCAGAUCAAAUAAAAACCUUUCUUAACGUGGAAGUUGAAAACCGUUCACUUUUAUCCGAAUGUGAUGCACUUUAAGGGUGAUCUGUUGCACUUUUUGAAUUUCAGUCGAACCAUGCUAAAUAAGAAAAAUCCGGAGGCAUUUUUGUAAAUAAGUCAAAUAUUUCUGUCAAUGCGGAAAAGUGCAACACAGAAACGUAAUAGUGCAUCACGUUGUGGAAAAAGUGGAUGGUUUGCAGUUUUCACGAUAAGAAUGGUUUUUAUUUGAUCCAUACCCUAUAUACAUAUAUACAUAUGUAUGUGUGGUGUAUCUAUGAAUGAUUGGCGGAUUUGGAUUUACUAUAUAUGCAUGUGUAUAUAUAUAAUUAUAUAUGCUUGUUGAUGAUGUAAUAAAGUAGAAUGUGUUUGGAUUUCGGGACACACCUCUAACUGUAUAUAAGUUCCUGGAUUUUCAUAUGUUGAUUUGUAAUCGUUUCUUUGAAUUUCUUCACGGUUUGGCCGUUUGGGACAGAUUGUACUUUUAACUUGUUGCAAUUGUAAUGUUUUGGCUUAAUGAUUUAGAACACUGCCUUUAAGA